AUGGCACAGCCAUCGCGAACCGCGGUGCUGGGACUGUACAAGGGGCUACGGCGCCAGGGGGCACUGCUGAUGGACUACAACUACAGGGAGUACGCGUUGAGGAGAGCGAGAAGAGGGUUUGAGUUAGCUAGAGGGUUUGCACCGGAGGAGGCGGAGGCAGCCUUCAAGAAGGGGCAGCGAGAGCUCGAGAUCGUGCGGAGACAAGCGGCCAUCAGCCAGCUCUACCCCCAUCAGACAUCGGUGAUGGAAACAAUGACACCACCGUAG